UCCAUAAUGAAUAACAUAACCGAUAUUCACUACGGUCCCUUGCCCGCCGAUUCGCCCUACGUAAAACCAUUUCGCUUCCACUACACGCAGAAUGGAAAGCAAAAGUCGUGGGAUCUGCUGAAGGUGCACGAUUCGGUUUCGAUUAUCAUUUUCAACGUGACACGAAAGAAGCUUGUUUUCGUCAAGCAGUUCAGACCCGCCGUCUACCAUGGCAUCAUCAGCGGUGAUGGCGUACAGCCGGGCAGCAUUGACAUGGCCAAGUAUCCGCCCGAAAUCGCCGUCACGAUGGAGCUGUGCGCGGGUAUCAUCGACAAGCCGAUUUCCGUGGUCGAAAUCGCUCGCGAGGAAGUCCUGGAGGAGUGCGGUUACGACAUUCCGGCGGAACGCAUCGAACAAAUCAUGCGCUACAGAUCCGGCGUCGGGACGUCUGGUGCCGAACAAACGCUGUUCUACGCGGAGGUGACCGACGCGGACAAAGUGUCAUCCGCCGGUGGUGGCGUGGAUGACGAAAUGAUCGAUGUCGUUGAGUAUGAUCUGGAGGAAGCGCGAAAGCUCACCGAAAAGGGAACGGUCAUUUCCAGCCCGCCAUCGUUCCUGUUCGGGUUGCUGUGGUUCCUCACGAACCGGGCGCCAAAGAACUAACAAAUCCUGUGAUAGCGACUCGUUGAACGCCAGAAGGCGCCAUCCUUAGGAUGCUUUGUCUUGUGAAGGCAAAUAAAACUACACAAAAACACGCAACUGUACACUCACAUUCACUCUUAUUGCAGAGUAGCGAUCGUGUUGGGUAAAACGAUACAAUUUAUUUCG